GCAAUUCCGGGGUUCAUAAGAACACUGAUCACAUACCGCUAUUAUCAACUUCCUUCCAAUCUAUCGCCACACUGAUCAGUAUGACCUCUGAAUGUAGCGUCCCCAUCGAACAGGACAACGACGGUGUUGAGGACAAAGUUGUGGUGAAGAGAGACAGUGUGUUAACCACUGUACUCUGUCGCCUGUCACAGUUUUGGCCGGUCAGACUAGCGAUGCGUGCUCUCCGUGGGUUUUGGUGGCUGUUGGGUUUCUCCCCUUCAGAUGAGAAGGCUUUUGUUGCGCCAGAAGAGGAUGACAAUGCUAGUCCAGCCCGCCACUGUCUAGCAGGCCGCAAGCGUCUGCGUCGAGCCACACGCAUCCUGUUGGCCAUCCUGCCUCGCCGUCUGCAGAGCGCCCUGGGCUACCCUGUGUGCACCAGCAUCGGCUGUGCUGUAUCCCCAGAGGUGCUUGGCUCCCCCACUAAGCUCUGUGGGAAAGGCAACAAGAGGAAGCAGGAUGACAUUGAUGACGAGGAGCAGCAGACCUGGGUCGAGGCCCUCUCUCAGGAACUAGAGGAUGAGGAGCCUUCUGUUGAUCCUGACUAUGAGCUGAGUGCAGUGGAUACUGACAGUGAGGAGUAUAACUCUCAAAAUGACACAGAAAGUGACCUUGACAUUUCAGAGAAGGUCGUGAUCGAUGACCUUAAAGAGAAUGUUCCUCAAAUGGCAUAGUGGAAGGUGGCAUUUCAGGUGUUCCGCCUUCAGUUUUAUCACCACCUGUAAUCCUCCAGUGCCAGUAUUCACUUUUUGCUUGUACUUUACUAAAUAAAACAUUCAUCUUUA